CGGCCUCCCUUCUGCUCCUGGCUGAGAGAACAGAAAACCCGUCCGGCGGGUUUGGCCGAACUCUGCCUGCGCGGCUCACACGCUGCUCGCUCCUGCCCCUGCGGUGGGAGCCUCAGCGCUCAGCACGGAGGUGGACGGAGGUCCUGGAGCCACCAGGCCCUGCGCCCCCACCCCCCACAGCAGGCUGGAAGCACAGGGCCAGCAGAGGCAAUGGAGAGCUUCGCGGAGGCCCUGAACCGGCUGAAGGACGCGCACGAGAAAGAGGUGCUGGGCCUACAGAGCAAGCUCGCGGAACUGAACACCGAGAGGUGCCGGGAUGCUCAGCGGAUCGAGGAGCUGUUUGCCAAGAACCAGCAGCUCCGGGAGCAGCAGAGGACGCUGAAGGAGAACCUGCGGGUGCUGGAGAACCGGCUGCGGGCAGGCCUGUGUGACCGCUGCAUGGUCACGCAGGAGCUGGCCAGGAAGAAGCAGCUGGAGCUGGAGAGCUCCCACCUGCAGGGCCUGCAGCACCUCUUCCUCCUCACCAACGAGAUGAAGGCGUUGAAGGAAGAGAACGAGGCCCUGAGGGAGGCCGUGAGGCGGCUCCGCCUGGCGGACAGGCCCAAGCCCCUGCCCAGGGAGGCCAGCUCGGAUCCGCCCUCCCCCACUGGCUGGAAGGCUGGGCCCGAGAGGCCACCUGCAUUCCACCAGGAGGCAGAGGAAGACCCCCCGGGCACGGACACACACGGAGAAGGAAAGCCGCCUGCCGUGUGCGGGACGUCUCCAGGGGCCAAAGUCUCCCCGGGCACCAACCUGCCCGAGCCUCGGGCCCCAGACGUGAGCCCACAGUGCAUCGCCAACCAGCUGCACGGCACCAUUGCCACCGUGCGGCCUGGGGCCCGGGCCUGCCCUAUGGACCACGGCUCUGCCGACGGAACGCCCCCGCCGCUGCCCACCAGGAGCAGCCCACCCAGCCCUGCGUGCGAGCACAGCCUCCCCCUGCACAGCUUCCUGCGGGCCCCCUCUGCCUCGGCCAUCGAGUCCCUGAAGCGCUGCCUAAAGUCUGACCGCCUCUGCCUCCUGAGCCGCCACCUGGCCCUGCACCUGCAGGGCCCCCACGGCGGCCCCUUGGCCCCCGCCACAGCCCCGGGCAGCUCCCAGCCCCAGGGCCUGACAGCUGUGGAGGCAGAGUCCUGGGAGGAGCCCACGGGCCUCCUGGGCCUCCCCAGCACCCUGGCAGGCAUACAGGACCCACGGCUGGAGGGCGCACUGCACCUGCUCCUGGCCCAGCAACAGCUGAGGGCCAGGGUGGGCAGUGCCAGGCUGAGGGCCACCCCCAUGCCAGGGGAGACACUGCCUUCCCCACCACUCGGCCUGGACGCCAAGGGCCCCGAGAGUGAGGGGGCUGGGGCAGCUCUGCCCACAUCAGCCCUUGCUAGGGGGCGGCAGCCACAGCCCAGAGGCCCAGGCAGCCCCGGGAAGGAGACCACCCAGGACUGUGCCCCAGACAAGCCCCUGGACCUCUCAGACCGGGGCCGGAAUGGCCUCAAGCUUGCCGUGUGGCCUGAGUCACUGGGCCCUGCAGGCACCCGUGCCCUGAGCCCAGAGCCCCCCCAAGGAGCCGAACCACCUGCCCUGACGCACAGCCCUGGGGCACUCGGCAGUGACACCAAGGAGACCGGAGCGCCAGAGUCGGAGGAGCCGCCCACGCCCGUGGCACCGCGAUGGCCUUUCCCCUCUCCAGGAGGGACAGCAGAGGAGGCCGGAGCAAGGCCAAAGCCAGCCGCCCACCUGCAGGGGCCUGGCAGUGGCGGCCACCCAGAGCUCAGCAAGGCUGGAACACAGAGACCAGAGACGGAUGAACUGGACGAGCCCGACCCCUCAGACAGCGAGCUGAGCGCCAAAGCAGAGGCUGAGCCAAGCACGCCCGGGGCAGGGCCCAGGUGCACCCAGGAGCAGCGGCAGAAGAGGAAGCCGGCCUCAGAACUGGGGGGCAAAGCCUCCAAGAAGCUGUCCCGAGGGAGAAGGAAACCGAGAGGGCCUCCGGCCGCAGCCGACGCCCCGGCAAGCCCGAGGGACGCCGAGGACCACAGUCCCUGCCCCAGCGACUGGGAGGAGACCUAGCCAGGCCAGGCCGGGGGUCGCCCCACUGGCCCUCGGGGCCUCGAGGCAACAGGACACACUGCCAACUGCACAGAGCCCGGCACGGCCUCUGGAGGGCUGGGGCCCGGCCACUUCCUGAAGCAUCCGGUCCUCCCCUCCUCAGCCCAGCAUCCAGCCCCACCCCGCGGGAAGCACCUCCCACCUCAGGUUCGAAGCUGGACAGUCCAGGGCCCAGGGCCCGGAGCACCCCAGAAGGCACGGAGCUCCAGCCACGGACUCAGGCGCCCCCUCGUGGAGCCCCAGCAAACUAGCAUCGGCACCCGGCAGGGGGCCCCAGGGUGCUCCGAGAAUAAACAGAAUAAAUGCGUGAAGAAUGGCCUUCCCCUCCCCCGU